CGGAGGGUGAAGAGGCGGCUGACGCUCGCUGCCCUCCUCUACCUGCUCUUCAUGACCGGCGAGCUCGUGGGUGGAUAUGUUGCUAACAGUCUAGCCAUUAUGACAGAUGCACUUCAUAUGUUGACUGACCUUAGCGGUAUUAUUUUGACCCUCCUUGCUCUCUGGCUGUCUGCAAAAUCUCCCACAAAGAGGUUCACUUUUGGAUUUCAUCGCUUGGAAGUACUGUCAGCCAUCAUCAGUGUAUUGCUGGUCUAUAUCCUUAUGGCAUUCCUCUUGUAUGAAGCUGUUCAAAGAACUAUCCAUAUGGACUAUGAAAUAAACGGUGAUAUCAUGCUGAUUACAGCAGCCGUCGGUGUUGCCGUUAACUUGAUAAUGGGUUUUUUGCUGAAUCAAUCUGGCCACCUUCACUCCCACUCCCACUCCCACCCUCACGUACCUCAGUCGAACUCUCCUGGCGCAGCCCACAGCAGCAGCCACGGCCACAGCAGCCUGGCCGUGAGAGCAGCAUUUGUACAUGCCCUUGGGGACCUGGUGCAGAGUAUUGGGGUGCUCGUCGCUGCCUACAUCAUACGCUUCAAGCCAGAAUACAAGAUUGCUGAUCCCAUAUGUACAUACGUAUUCUCCAUACUAGUGGUUUUGACAACCGUUCGAAUUCUGUGUGACACAGGAGUUAUUAUUCUGGAAG